AUGGCUCCUCAACGGGUUCGAGUACGUCGUCAUCCGGCAUGCCGAGACUGUAGAGUGCAAAAGGUCAAAUGCGAUGCCGAGCCUCCUGCUUCGUGCACGCGAUGCCGCCAUAUGCAGCUUCUCUGUAUUGUUGAACGUACCCCGGCAUCUCGGCGGACCAAAGCUCAGCUGCAAAGUGAGCUGGAGGCCAUGAGAGGCCGCACUGAUGCAGAUAAGGAGAAUGACAGUAGAUUAGACAGCCCCGCCCCAGGAGGCCGGAAUGCAAGACCAUCCGGCAUCAAUGCCGCUGAUAGAGCUCCGGCUUCUAUCCCGAGUACGGUAGAAGUUCCGUUCUUGACUCCACUGCUUGUUCCGGCUCAGGAUUUGGCUUUGCCUUCAGAGGCUGUGCUUGCCAAUCCUCAGCCAGGAUUCUUUAGCUUGUAUGCUCCAUUCUUGCCGAUAUUCCAGAUAGCACCCGGUCCAAACCAAUGCUUCGAUCAGUCUCCCUUUUUGUUCUGGGUCAUUGUCUAUAUAGGCAGCAGACGCUAUGCCGGCGACCCAACUUUGCUGGGUCGACUCUCCCCAAAGAUUAAUUCGAUGGGCUUUGCAGCGCUGGAAUCCCGGAGCAGCCCAAUUCAGACCAUCCAAGGUAUACUAUUACUAUGCCAGUGGCCAACCCCAGUCAACACUAUGCACAGAGGCAUUAGUCUUGUUCUCGCAGGUGCAGCUCUACACCUCGCCAUGCAAAUUGGACUGCAUGUAGCAGGCGUUGGUCAAGACUUUGCAAGGACAAUACUGGACGGCAAUCGGCUUGAGAGAGCUAAUCGCGCCAUGUUAUGGAAGCAAUGCUGCACAACUUGUUACAUAGUUGGGCUCGGGGAAGGGAUUAUGCCCCUAGGUUUGAGUGAUGCAUUCACCCUACCAGUUUUGUCAGAUGGAGGAAGAGGUGGUGGCGAUGAAGCAGAUCCUCAACAAGAGACCAAGUUACCCCUCAGAUUAUGCGAAAUCAUGAUAUGUGCAACUGAAGCUUUGAGGAGAAUUCAUGGCGGCAUUGACUCUAAGAAAGCUGCGUCACUGAUGUCAUAUCCAGCGUCUCGCAAACUCGAAGCCUUUAUACCUCUCUAUGCAGUUGCGUGCAGUCUCAUCAAUACUGCAUGUCAACAGUCCUGGGACGAAGGGGCUACCGCCAAGAACGCACCCGUCUUUGUUCAAAAAUCCCUUAUGUUGGCGGCUUUUACGAUCUUGAAAAUUUCUCGCAGUGAACUCGCACCGCAUUUAGAUCUUCAGGCGGGCGAACAAGCUUAUUUUGCCGCCAUUUUCUUUGCCCGGGAAGAGUCGCUGCAGAAUAAUGAUCUUAGUGCCAGAGGCGCUUCUAUACUUGGCCAAUUGUGGAACAGCCAAUCAAUAUUCAAAGGCAAGCAUGGCAUAAUCGAUAGCUUGAGCAGCCGAAUCACGAGCAGGUUAUCGAUGAGCACCCUCUUUGAUUGCCUAUGGUGGUGGAGACAGGAAUUUGGAGGGUUGGGCAAUCCUUACGAGGGUAGACAGCAGCUCCGAUCCGAGACGCAAAAUGGGAAUGAAAAUGCAUAUGCGCAACCGGCAACUGGUGAUACUAAUGCUGUGCUGGAUAUUCAACAAUCGGCGCCACUUCAAGUGGCCGAUGAACCAUUUGUUGACUUCGACUGGGCUAUGAAUCUAGACAUGAAUGAUUGGCCUAUGUAG